AAAGACACCUGAAUACAAUGAUAUCAUGUAUCCUGCCUGGACAUUUUGGGAAGGAGGACCUGCUGUUUGGCCAAUUUACCCAACAGGUUUAGGGCGCUGGGACCUCAUGAGAGAGGACCUCAGAAGAUCUGCAGAAAAAUGGCCAUGGAUGAAAAAAAUCUCUAAAGGAUAUUUCAGAGGAUCCAGAACAAGCCCUGAGAGAGAUCCCCUCAUUCUGCUGUCCCGAGAAGACCCAGAGCUCGUUGAUGCUGAGUACACUAAAAACCAGGCUUGGAAAUCUGAAAAGGACACCUUAGGGAAGCCUCCUGCAAAGGAAAUUCCACUGGUUGAUCACUGCAAAUACAAGUAUCUGUUUAAUUUCCGGGGAGUGGCUGCCAGUUUCCGGUUGAAACACCUUUUCUUAUGUGGUUCGCUCGUCUUUCACGUUGGAGAAGAGUGGUUGGAGUUCUUCUACCCGCAGCUGAAGCCUUGGGUCCACUACGUCCCAGUCCAGUCGGACCUCUCCAACGUCAGGGAGCUGUUGCAAUUCGUAAAGGAAAACGAUGCCAUAGCACAAGAAAUCGCAGAGAGGGGACGCCAAUUCAUCACCGAGCACUUGCAGAUGGAGGAUGUCUCUUGCUACUGGGAGCAUCUGCUGGCUGAAUAUUCCCAAGCCUUGACUUACAAAGUGAAAAGGAGGAAGAGCUACAGUGAGAUCACUUCUGAAUGGCCGAAAACAGAACUAUAGAGACUUCUCUGUUUUCAGCUCAAACGGAUCUCUGUGGAAAUCUGAAGAUCAGUGCGUCUU